AUGAGCCCGUGGACAAAGCCUUUCACGCUACGACGCGGCCCAGAAGGUGAAGCCGCAGGUGAUGGCGGGGCGCUUGACCAACGUGAGGCUGAAAACCCCGCGCGCCCUCCUUUGAACACCCCGUUCCCAGACGGCAUAAAGGUCUUACAUGACUGUGUCAACGCCGCUGUCGAUAUCUGCUUCGUUCAUGGUUUAACUGGGGACCGUGAGAGAACUUGGACAGCAGAUGGUCAAACAGACCCCUGGCCGAAAGCAUUGCUCCCGUCACGACUCCAGCAAGCUCGCGUUCUUACCUUUGGCUACGAUGCCUACGUCGUUCGAGGCUCUGUGGCUUCGUCCAAUCGACUAGGCGACCAUGCGUCCAGCCUUUUGAACAAACUUACUUCGUAUCGAGAGUCGUGCGAUGCCACUUCUCGCCCUCUCGUGUUCGUCGUCCACAGCCUUGGAGGGCUUGUCUGCAAAAAGGCUAUUCUCUUAUCACAGAAUAGCGCCGAGGAUCAUCUGCAUGACAUUUUCGAUUCUGUUAGAGGGAUAGUCUUCUUGGGCACACCACAUAAAGGGGCCUGGUUGGCUAAGUGGGCGAGCAUUCCUGCUUCCGCACUAGGUUUUGUCAAGUCCGUCAAUACAAAACUGCUCGACGUCUUACAGAGCAAGAAUGAAGUUCUCGAGUCUAUUCAAGAGGACUUCUUAACGAUGACGCGGAGGCUGCGAGAGAAUGACAAGGGUCGGCUGCAAAUCACCUGUUUCUUCGAAGAGCUGCCCAUGCGACUAGCAGGGCAAGUUGUCUCAAAGGAGUCUGCCUCCUUCGAGGGAUAUGCAGCCAUUAGCAUCCAUGCCAAUCAUCGGGACAUGGUCAAGUUUGUGACCGCAGAAGAUGAUGGAUUUGUGAUGGUAUUGGGAGAGCUCAAAAGAUGGGUUAAACAGAUCGAUAACACUUUCAAAGCAAGAGAAGAGGAGUACAUUUUCACCUCUGAAGAUCUUGCCUGUCUUAAUGACUUGAAAGUUACCGAUCCCCGUCGCGAUAAGGAACGUAUCGAGCAGCUUAAAGGAGGCCUUCUUCGAGAUUCAUACCGCUGGGUGCUAAGUAAUGAAGAGUUUGUCCAAUGGAGAGAUCAGAACUCGGGCCAGCUCCUAUGGAUCCGUGGAGACCCCGGAAAAGGGAAAACUAUGCUCUUGUGUGGCAUCAUUGAUGAGUUGACCGAGUCUUGCUCUAAUCCUACCACCGUGGCGUAUUUCUUCUGUCAGGGGACAGAGAUGAAGAUCAAUAAUGCCAAUGCAGUCCUCCGCAGCCUAAUCUAUAUGCUCGUGAUUCAGCAUAAAUCGCUUAUCACCCACGUCCGCCGAGAGUAUGACCAGAACAGAACAGCUUUCGAGGGCAUGAACGCCUGGCAAGCAUUGGCAAACGUUUUUCGUGGAAUCCUUAACGACCCGCUGAUCUUGUAUCAGAAAACCUGUGUCAUUAUCGAUGCGCUCGAUGAAUGCACUACAGACUUGACUCCUCUUGUUGACCUUGUUGCCAGACAAUCUUCCGAAACGACUCACGUCAAAUGGCUCGUCUCGAGCCGGAAUUGA